AUGUACAGGAGUUCAGACACGAAGCAGUACUACAAGAGCAAGAAUAAACUUCCUUUAAUUUUUUACAAAAAUAAAUAUACAAACCUUAAGCAGAGUAAUAGCAAUUAUAACAGUAAUACCAACGGUAAUAACAUCAAUAACAACAACAGUAACAACAACAGUAACAACAACAGUAACAACAACAGUAACAACAACAGUAACAACAACAGUAACAACAACAGUAACAACAGUAACAACAACAGUAAUAACAACAGUAACAACAACAGUAACAACAACAGUAACAACAGUAACAACAACAACAACAAUAACAACAAAAGUAAUAACAACAGUAACAACAACAGUAACAACAAAAGUAAUAACAACAGUAACAACAACAGUAACAACAACAGUAACAACAAAAGUAAUAACAGUAAUAAUAGCUGCAUUAGCCAUCAGCAAAGGGGUGAGGGCCUUAGCUAUAUUGUCAACGGUACAGUAAACAAAUCAUUAGACAAGAACAACAUUAACAAGAGUAGUAGUAGCAGCGGCAAUCGCAUCUGUGAUAAUAGCAACACAAACCUCCUUUACAAGAAGAAGGGUAGUCUUAACGUGCACGCAAAUACGGGUACGGGUAAGUACAGUGUGAGUAGUAGUGGUAACUACCGCAUAAAUAAUAACGACAGUGAAGAACAUCCGAGUAGUUGUGGAAACAUGUUAGCGUACAAUGAAGACAUGUAUAACUGCGAUAAGCAGAAGGUACUGAAUGCGGGUGGAUCCAGAUAUCAUGCCUAUAACAUUGACGGUAAUAACAGUGGUCAUCAUAGUAGUCAUCAUAAUAGUCAUCAUAAUAGUCAUCAUAAUAAUCAUCAUAAUAAUCAUCAUAAUGGCAAUAACAGUAACAGUCAUAGUAGCCAUGAGUACAACAGUAAUAACCAUGCUCCAUUAGGAAAACUACAAAACAAUAAAAAUUCUUACAAUUUUCAUCAAAAAAAGGAAGGAAAGCACAGCUACGAAGAGUACUUGGGUAAUAUGCCGGAAGGGGAAAAUAGUAGGGGAAAUAACGUGGGUAACAACUUAAGUGGUAAUCAUUCAAGAGGUAACAAUCAUAUUAACCACAGUAAAAAUUGUAAUAGUAAUGGUAAUAGUAACAACAAUGGUAAUAGUAACAACAGUGGUAAUAGUAACAACAGUGGUAGUAGUAACAACAGUGGUAGUAGUAACAACAGUGGUAGUAGUAACAACAAUGGUAAUCAUAGUAAUAAGAUUAAUAACAGUACUAACAGUGCCAAUAACAAUAGUGCCAAUAACAAUAGUGCCAAUAACAACAAUGCCAAUAACAACAAUGCCAAUAACAACAAUGCCAAUAACAACAAUGCCAAUAACAACAAUGCCAAUAACAACAAUGCCAAUAACAACAAUAGUAACAGUAAUAGUAUAAGCAUCAGUAGUAAUAACAAUAACAAUAACAAUAAUAGUAUCAGUAAUAGUAGCAGUAACAAUAACAAUAAUAGUAGCAGUAAUAGUAGCAGUAACAGUAACAACAAUGUUAACGGAAACGUUAACGGAAGUAUCAAUGGUAAUGUACACGGUAAUCAUAGCAAUCAUUCGUUUAACUAUGGACCAAGGAGUUAUAAAAAUUAUAAUGUAGAAGAUAAUGAAAAUUACAUGAACCUUACCAGUUCUAAGAACGCCAAUAGGUGUUACGAAGUUAGUGAUAAUGUAUCAUGUAUGAACAUGUCAGUACAAAAAAAAAUGAGUUAUAUUAACUUCGCUAGUAAUAAUAAUAACAAUAAUGGACAUCACCUUAACAGUCAUAACAACAUUCAUCAUAGCGGUCCAAGCAACGAUCAUCGCAAAGGAAGCGAACUGAAUGGAGAUGAUUUGAAUAAUUAUAGUUCAGUUAAUGAAAAGAUGAUUGACGUAGCAAAAGAAAAGAGUGUACUAGAGAACAAUAUGCUAUCAAGGGGUGAUAACAAAAAGGCGUUGCUAAACAUGAUGAGUAACACAAGAAAUAAAAAUAAUAGUACAAAUAAUGAAGUGAGAAAAAUAGAAAAGAAAGAAGAAGAGGAUAAGUACAUAAAAGGAAACAAUAAUGAUAGAAGCACAAGUACAUGCAAUCGAAGUAGUUACAGUGUACACAAGGAGGUGUUAACAAAAAACAGCAUGAACAAUUUUGGCGCGGCUAACAUAAUUAGCGGCGUUGAUGGGGUUAACGGAGCUAGCGGUGUGAACAGUGUAAACAGUGUAGACGAAGUAAAUGAUAUAAACCCCGUUGGCAGUUGUAGCAACAUGAACAAUCCGAACGACAUGAGUGGAAAGAAUGCAAACUCCGCGAGCGGAAAUGCGUACAAUAUAUCGUACAUGUUCAUUUAUCAGUACUACUACGUGCUACACACAAAAAAAGAAAUGAUGCAUAACUUUUACUCGGAUAACGCUAUUUUGCUAAUAAGUUUCAAUAAUCAAAAUAGACAGGAUGAAAAGGGAAAUUAUAACUGUGUUCAGAAUGAUUUAAAGAAUAGUAUGAAUGUUUCGGAGGGUGGUAAACAGUAUGCUCAUGGAAGAGGUGGAAUAACAACAAAUGGUGGUGGUAUUGGUAGUGGUAUUGGUAGCGGUAUUGGUAGUGGUAUUGGUAGCGGUAUUGGUAGUGGUAGUGGUAGCGGUAUUGGUAGCGGUAUUGGUAGUGGUAGCGGUAGAAGUGCGAAUCGUGCAGCUGGAAGUGGAAACGUAUUAUACGAUGAUAGGGAGCAUUUCUUCAAUUUGAGUGAUAUGGUUAUUGAGGGAAGCCAGAAAAGCGAGUAUAUGAUGAAAUUGAAAAAUCGAAAAAUGAUUAGUGAGUAUUAUAGAAAGCUUGAUGUGAAUGAAUGUACUGUUCAUAUAAACUCAAUUGAAGUAGUCAACUUGCAUGAUGAAAUAUAUAUAUAUAUAUAUGGAAAAAUGAAGAAAUGUAAAGAUACGAAUGUGUAUUACUACUUUGUGCAGAAUAUUCAUUUACAUAAAUAUAGUAUGUACCAGUAUUAUGUAGAUGUUGAUUUUAUUCAUUACUAUAAUACUUCCAUGGAUAGUGAUGAGUGUCAACAAUAUCAACAUGCCGAACAGUUCAACUAUAACAGUAGUAGUAGACUGUUAAGUAAUAUAUGCGAUGCUAAGAGUAAGGAGGACGAGAAAAAGAAAAAAAGCAAAAUUAGUAAGCUCCACAUGAGUGGUAAUAAUAAUAACCUGGUCAGUAGCGACGUAGUUAGGACUAGCGCAAUCAGUAGCAACCCUAUGAGUAAUAGUUCCAGUGCGUUGAAACACAUAGGUGCAGUUAGAAGUGGCACGAUGAGGGGAAAAGGUACCGAAAAAGGUGUAACAUGUACCGAUAGUGGAAAUGUAAAUAAUAAUGCAUGUACCGUUAGUGGAAAUGUAAAUAAUAAUGCUUGUACCAAUAACAGAAAUAGUAAUAAAUGUGCGAUGGGCCCUAGAAGGAAUAAUGAAAGGGAUGAAAAGAAUAUGGCAAUGGUAGAUAACAAAUAUUGCAAGGCGAAGUUUACAGUAAAAGAAGAGGAUAAUGAACAAAACUACCAUAGCGGCAGUGUUAUGACACAACAUCAUCCCAUGGUGAGGCUACAGCAUAGUAGUAACAUUCAUGAUCAUAAAAGAUAUUAUCAUCAGUAUGAUGAAUAUGGUGGACAUGAUGAAGAGGAGCAAGGAGAACAACAGUACGCACAAGAGAACAUGAUGAGGAUGUAUAUAUCAGAAGAGGAAGAGGAGAAGGGAUAUAAUGAAGAGGAAUAUGAUGAAGAAGAAUAUGUCGAAGCAGAAUACGGUGAAGCAGAGUACGAUGAGGAAGAAGAGGAAGAGGAAGGAGAAGAAGAGGAUAUGGAGGAUGAAGAUGCGUUAGAAGAUAAUAUGGGAAACAUGGGCAACAUGAGUAACAUGGACAACAUGGAUGAUGAUUAUGAUGACGUAGGAGUAAUAGAAGUGGGAGUAGAAGAGGAGGAAGGAUUUGAAGAGGAAGAUGAUGAAUUUGAAGGAGCAUAUGGACCAUAUGUGGAUGAGGAGGAGCAUGAACAAGAAUUUGAACAUGUACAUAUACGUGAACGUGGACAGGAAUGUGCAGCGGAUGUGCAUAUGCAUAUGGGUGUGGGUGUGCAAAAUGAAGGAAGUUAUGCGGAUAAUAUAAACGAUGGAAAGAGAAAAAAGAAAAGAUGUAGUCUUUCGAAAAAUAAUGAAUCUCUGGUUCUUACGAAAGGAGGAGGAGGAGGAGUAGUAGUUGAAUCAUGUAGUAGCAGCUAUUACAAUAAUAGUAACAAACAUGCAAUUAAGAAGGGGGGAAUAUCAUCCAAUGCCAUCGCCCCUUCAGCAGUGAGGGGUGGUGGUAGUGUUGUUGUUGGUGUUGGGCCACGUAUUGACGAUGCAAAUAACUCAUCUGCAUUUAUAUCAAUGGGUAAGAUAAAAAAUAUGAAAAAGACAAACAACAACGAUAAGAGAGGGAAACUUGGGGCCGCUUCUUUAUGUACCGGUUAUGCAAGUAAGGACCAUACUGCGGAAAAUAAAAAAGGGAAAGACAAGGAGAAUGAAAAAAAAAGAAACACAGCAGAAGUGGUAGUAGUAGUGCCAAGUGCGAAUAGGGAUCUUUAUAAUAGUAGCAGGGAGGGGUGCAACCAUAAUAAUAAAGAGAAUAGCGAAUAUAAUAUUAGAGCAAACAGGGUUGGCGGCAAAUAUAAUAGUAGUGGUGGUGGUAAAGCGGAUGAUCCGAGUAGCAGCAAUGUCAUUGGAAGUAAUAGCGGUAGUAAUAGCGGAAAUAAUAGCCGCAAUAAUAUUAACAGUAAUAACGGCAAUAAUAGCUGCAGUAGCAACGGCGGAGGGGUACACGUGAAGAAGACGAACAUAGUGGAAGACACGAAAAAAAUAAAAAAAAAUAAAAUUGAAAAUGCAUGGAAUGUUGAGAGUGAACAAUUGCCAAAAAUGGAAAAAAUCAUGAAAGAACAAAAGAAUGGAUUUGAAAAUAAUAAGAAAAAGAAAAAAGAAAAAAACAGAGUAGACCCAGAUAGUUGGGUGUUUAGAGUUAUGAAAAAUUAUCAAAGUGUAAAUCCAGGUGAGAAAAAUGGGCAGGUAGUAGUAAAUAACAAAAAAAUGGAAAGAGAAAAUAAAAAUAAUGAGCUAAAUGAUAAUGAGAAAGAAAAGGAGCUUAACCAAAAGGGAAAUAAAAAGGAGGAUACGGAACAGGAAAAAAGAAAAAAGAAAAAAAAAAAAAAAAAGGAAAAAAGUAAAGUAAAAGAACAAAAUGGAUAUAGAAUUGGAGGAAAGGGGAAAGAUGAUGAAGAUAGAGAAAUAGAAGAAGAAGAGGAGGAAGAAGAAGAUGAUGAAGAUGAACAAGAACAAGAACAACUAGAACAGCAACAGCAACAACAACAACAACAACAACAAAGAGAACAAAUGAAAGGGGAAGAAAUCAACGCCAAUGAUAAAAAAAUUAUUAUUCAUAAUAUACAUAAAAAUAUGGAUAAGAAAAAAAUAAAUGAUUGUAUUAUUGACCGAUUAAAAAAAUAUAAUGAUGGGCAUGCUGUUCAAAUUGAUAUAUAUCAAAGGAAUAUAAAAAAAGUAUUUCCAAAUUCGUAUAAUAAUUAUCAGAAUAGUUAUCCAAAUAAUUAUGAUAAUAAAGUAAAAGGAACUGAAUAUUCUUACGCCAUUGCUGAGUUAGAUUGUCGUCAAAGUCAACAACUUUUACUUGACUUAGGUCUAUAUUGUAAUGGUAUUAAAUUAAACAUAGAAAAUUUUAAGGAAAAAAAAAAAACAGAUAUCAAGAAAUAUAAUAGAAAAUAUAAUACAUUUAGUACGUCAUUUGAUGGGUCCAAAUUGAAAGAAGACAAAUUUAAAAAUUCGUUCUAUAGAGGAGGAGGAGGAGGACCAGUAGUAGCAGGAGGGGGGGGACGUCAGUGGCAACUCCGAUUUGAAGCAAAAGAUGCAGCAUAUGCUUGA